UCGCAAGACUAUGACAUCAAUGAGACUGGAACCAGGAAGUGAAUGUUGGAAUCACCUUUAUUAAAGCCGGGAAAGAACAUGAAUAGAGCGCACCAGAUGAAGUCUGUAAGACGUGAAAAGUGUUGUGGAAAAGCAUCAAGGACAUUCUAUCCCGAGUUGUAGAACUGGUUGCCCUAUACAGAGAAGACUUGGGAGUAGGGAUCCGGGUGACCCAUUGUUUUUAAAUUGUGAGGCUUUUCCAAAGGCGUGGAAGGAAGAUCCGAUCGGUGAAAUGUUACUGAACCCAGUCAUUUCAAAGUUGGCAGGUAAAAGGGUAGUGCUAGCAAGUGCAUCUCCUCGCAGACAAGAUAUACUUUCCAAUGUGGGUCUCCGAUUUGAGGUGGUUCCCUCAUGGUUCAAAGAAACGCUUGAUAAGUCGAUGUUUUCUGUACCCCAUGAAUAUGCCGUUGAAACUGCCAAACAGAAGGCACUUGAAGUGGCCAGGAGAAUGCAUUUGAAGCAUCUAAAAACACCUGACAUUGUUAUCGGAGCAGAUACAAUUGUGACUUUGGAAAAUACAAUUCUUGAAAAGCCAGUGGAUAAACAAGAUGCAUAUAAUAUGCUAUCAAGGCUGAGUGGCAAAGAGCACAGUGUCUUUACAGGAGUUGUAAUUGUCCACUGCCAAAGUCAUGGAGGUAAUGAGCUGGAGACCAAUAUUAUUGAUUUUUAUGAAGAAACCAAAGUAAAGUUUGCCAAUUUGUCAGAAGAGCUCCUGUGGGAAUAUGUUCACAGCGGAGAGCCAAUGGAUAAAGCAGGUGGAUAUGGCAUCCAGUCUCUCGGAGGAAUGUUGGUGGAAUGCGUACAUGGAGACUUCCUAAAUGUGGUCGGGUUCCCUCUGAAUCACUUUUGCAAAACAUUAGCUGAGAUCUACUAUCCACCGUGUAAAAACACCAUUCACAGAGUGAAGCAUGACUCUAUACCUUAUGUGGAGACCUUCGAGAACCUAAGUGAUGUGGAGAGUGGUUGUUCGAGUCAGGCAGAAAUUCCAAAGACAAAAAGAACUGAAAGGAAAUGCAAACAUGACACAAAGGGUUUGGAUAAACCAUCAAAAGAUACGGUGGCCCUGGAGACUGGAAUUGUAGAACUAGCCAAAGACUGUAAACUGCCAUCAAACAUUGUUGAGCUUUUGGAUGGAUUUAAAGCAUCUAAGGCAUUGUUUGCAGCAUCUAAACUGAAGGUCUUUGAUAAGUUGAAAGAUAACGGCCCCUUGAAGGCUGUGGAAAUUGCAGAUUUGAUUAAUGCUUCUGUGCGUGGGACCGAAAGGCUUCUUGAUGCUUGUGUUGCCCUUGGCCUGCUGGAGAAAACCCAUCAAGUUUACAGGAACACACAGCAAGCCAAUAUAUAUCUGGCAUCAGACGGAGAAUUUUCAGUCCAUGACUACAUAAUCCAUUCAAAUGACAAAUUAUGGCCAUUGUUCUCAAACCUGGAAAUUGCAGUCAAAGAGGGCAUCAGUCAGUGCCAAAAGUGCAAAAACUCAGAGACUUCAUCCAGUGAUGGCUCCUCCUUUCAUUCAGAAGUAAAGAAACCAUUUAUGACUGCAAUGCAUGGUAUGCUUAAAAUAACAGCACACGAUCUUGCAACUGCAUUUGACCUUUCCAGUUAUGGCUCGGCCUGUGAUCUAGGAGGUUGCAGUGGCACGCUAGCUUAUGAAUUGGUUCGUCUGUACCCAGAUAUGAGAGUUAAUGUCUUUGACCUACCUGAAGUUAUUCAGCAUACUCCAUGCUUUCAGACUGAAAAUUUGGACUCAUCGCGUCUGACAUUCACGUCAGGGAACUUUUUUGAAGACAAUCUUCCCAAAGCAGAUUUAUACAUUCUUUCCAGGGUUAUACAUCAUUUAUCAGAUGAAAAAUUGAACUGCCUUCUGGGGAAAAUAUCAAAAAAUUGUAGUCCAGGCCAAGGGGGCUUACUCAUAGCUGAAAUUGUUCUCGAUGAAGAGAAAAAACAGCCAAGAGCAUUAUUACAGUCUCUUAGUAUGAGCGAGGGAAUGCAGAGAAGUGGAUCAGAAUAUAGGCAACUCCUUGAAAAGCAUGGGUUUAACAAUGUGCAACUCAAGAUUACUGGCAACUUACUAGAUGUGAUACUCGCUGUAAAAAGAUAAUGUUAGUCUGUGGAUGGGGGAAAGAGUUGUUAAUAGUUACCAGAAACCAAUAUUUCCUUUGCUAUAAACAGAUUUGUUACAGCAUGAUAGUUUGUUGUAAAUUAAAUCUGUUUCCAUUAAAUAAGUGUUUUUUUUUAUCUAAAACUUUCUAUGUACAAUUAUUUGUACACUUUUAUAGUAACUGUAUGAACAUUUUAUAAGAGACACGUCUUCAAAGGACUUUAAAAAGUUGCUGUUUGCACUUAAAGAGAUAAAUUCAGUAUUGGCCUGUGCCAAGGGGAGAAAGUAAAGAAGGACAAAAGAAUGGAAAAAGAGUGUCAGCUCUGACAACACCGGGGACGUGUUCCUAAUGCCUCAAUGAGUCGUGAAAAUCAACAGGGGGAAAAAAAGCAAAAAUGUUAUAUUCAUACACACAGUGAAACAUAAAUAUCAUAUGAAAUAGUCCAUAAAAUGUAAAAUCAAUUAGUUGCCAAGUAGUCUGAAAAUGCUGUAAACCUGAGACGUUUCAGAUGCAUCUCAUAAAAUGACAUAGACAGCCCUGGAAGAGGUUUACAUUUUAAGACAUGGCACACAAGGACACGAUGUCCAUAUUGAGAUAAGUGUAUUUUUAAUUGCAUUCAAUGUUUGUUUUAUAAAAAUAAAAAAAGAAAGAGAGAUAAUGACUGUGUGUUACAUUAGACUGUCAAACAUACCAAUC